AUGUCGAUCGCGCUUGGUGCAAAGACGAAGUUCGGUUUUGUAGAUGGUCAAGUGAAUAGACCAGAUCCUAGGAAAUCAAUUCCCGGUUAUGUGGCUAUCACCGUCUUCUUAUUCCGUAAGGGAUCCAAGUGUCUCCCCUCUAAUCGAGUCCACCUUUUGGAUUCCGACUCCGAAAAAAAAGAGUGGGAUAGAGAGUUAAUUUUACAAACCUUUAAUCCUAUUGAUGCAGAACUCAUUCUGACUAUUCCAAUCAGUCAUCAUGGUGGGAAAGACUUCUUGGUAUGGCACUGGGAUCAGAAGGGCAGAUUUUCAGUGAAGAGUGCUUAUGAAACAAUCAGGAGACACAGAAGAAUGCAAGAAGUAGGUGAACCAACAACUAAGCAGCAGAUGGCAAAUGGCGGUAUGGAAUUGGAUACUAGGUGUGAUAUUUGUGGUGAGCAUGAAGAAACUGUCUGUUGGAAGUUAUGUGGUUUAUGGUGGCAAGAGAAGCAGGUGAACAUCCAAAGCUUUAAAGAUUGGUGGAUAGGGCUGAAGAUUGAGCUUAACAGCAUUUAUGUUGUGGAGAAUUUGGAUCAAGUGGACAACUGCAAUGAUGGCCAAGGAAAAUGGAUGGAGUUCAGGGUAGCCAAUGAAGAUUUGCAGGGUCAAAAUUCAUCACAUCAACUACAAAGAAUACCUCAGGUAGAGCAAUUUUCCAGGGAAGUAGGACAGGUUAGUUGCUCUGUCAGUGCUUCACUCUCUACAAGGGGUAAACUUGGUUUGGGUGGUGCGGCUGUGAGGGAUGAACAGGAGAUUUUCACAUGGGCCACUGGAGAAGCUGGUAGAAUGGAGACCACAGAAGGGAUGCUAAGCACAAUCAGGUACAUGUUUCAAAAGUUGAAGGAGAUGAAGAUCAAGAAUGUGGUCUGUUUCAUACCAGAUUUGAAUGUGGCUAAAUUGUUGAGAAACCAAGUAGAAUGUCAGUCUAGGUUCAAAAGUAUUAUAUUUGAUAUUUGGUGGCUUAGUAAAGAUGGGUUAUGUUGUAACUUUGUAUUUGACCCAGGAGAAUGUACGGGUAGUUUUGUUUUAGCUUUAGAUGCGGCGGACGAGCAGUAA